AUUUUAUCUGUGAAUUUUGUCUAUGAAACCCUGUGAUUAGUUCGUUACUUCAUUCCUUUCAUUCAUUGUUGUUUGUUAUAUUUAUUGAUUUAGCGAAAGUUGUUUUUUUUAGUAAAAACAGAAAUACAGUGUUGUUUUGUGCGGUUUCUUUGAACUUUGAGUGAAAAAUGGGCAAUAUACACACCGUGGGACCGAAUGAAGCACUAAUAGUUUCAGGAGGAUGCUUCGGCUCGACGACAAAGCGUACCAUUGUCGGCGGCUGGGCGUGGGCUUGGUGGCUCGUCACCGAUGUCCAGAGGAUCUCACUUGAGGUGAUGACCUUAAACCCUAUGUGCGAAUAUGUGGAAACAGCACAGGGAGUCCCGCUCACCGUCACCGGUGUGGCCCAGUGCAAAAUUAUGAACGAAGACGAGCUUCUCACGACUGCCUGCGAGCAGUUCCUGGGAAAGACUGUCAAAGAAAUCAAGAUGACGAUAUUACAGACCCUUGAGGGACAUCUCAGAGCUAUCCUUGGAACUCUUACAGUAGAAGAGGUGUACAAGGACAGAGAUCAGUUUGCGGGUCUUGUUCGCGAGGUGGCAGCACCGGACGUGGGGCGCAUGGGCAUCGAGAUCCUGUCGUUCACCAUCAAGGACGUGUACGAUGAUGUCCAGUACCUCGCCAGCUUGGGCAAGGCGCAGACGGCGGUCGUCAAGCGCGAUGCAGACGUCGGCGUUGCGCAGGCCAACCGAGAUGCUGGUAUCAGGGAAGCGGAGUGCGAGAAGAGUGCGAUGGACGUGAAGUACUCCAUGGACACGAAGAUCGAAGACAACACACGUCUGUUCAAGCUGCAGAAGGCGCAGUUCGAUCAGGAGGUCAACACUGCGAAAGCGGAAGCGGCGCUAGCUUACGAAUUGCAAGCUGCAAAAAUAAAACAAAAGAUACGAAACGAGGAGAUUCAGAUCGAAGUCGUUGAGAGACGCAAGCAAAUUGAGGUGGAACAGCAAGAGAUCCUGCGUCGUGAGGAAGAGCUGAAGGCGAUGGUUCGUCUCCCAGCUGAAGCAGAGGCAUUCCGUCUCCAAGCCAUCGCUGAAGGAAAACGCACUCAAACUGUGGAAGGAGCUAAAGCUGACGCCGAACGUAUCAAGGUCCUCGGUCUGGCCGAGGCCACCGCCAUCGGUGACGUGGGUAAGGCUGACGCAGAACGCAUGCUAGCCAAGGCCAAAGUCUACAAGCAGUACGGAGACGCGGCCAUCAUGGCGCUUGUACUUGAAGCGUUGCCUAAGAUCGCAGCAGAAGUAUCAGCACCGCUCGCUAAGACCGACGAGAUAGUGCUGGUCGGUGACAACGGCGCGACUGGUGAAGUGGCUCGGCUGGCUGGUGGCAUCCCCCCAGCAUUGAAGACCCUCACGGGGCUCGACCUCACCCAGGUGCUGAAGAGGCUCCACCCCAACGGCAACGAUCCAAUGGCCGCGGGCACCAGUAAGAAGAAGACGCCAGAAGUUGCAGCAUGUUAAGAACCAAUCAGAAAACAGGAUACCGGUGCGACAUAACGCUCCGACCAAUAGCAACGCGUUGCGUAAACAAGCAGCCAGUGCCAUACAGUUACCGCUGAACACGUGAUACAUGGUACAAUCUAGCCUUUUUAAGCCAAUUAAUAUAUUUUCAACAAUACCUACCUAUCUACAUUAUGUAAGCUCAGAUCAAUAAAAAAUGAAAUGGUUCUGCGGCGUAUAAAAUUU